UAAUCAUCAAAAAGUAAACUACUGAUAAGAAAGUCCAAUCAGUGGGUGUUUUGUUUGCGCAACUCAGUGCAUUUAUACUCACAUAUUUUUACAGUAAAUUACGUACUGUUGCAUAAUUUCAUACUACAAGUUCAUCAACAUGUUCCCAACUCUUCGACGCACAGUAAAGCCGCUGCUGGCGAGGUCUUAUACCACGAACUUUGCCCAACCCGUUGAAGUGCGGAUCGUCGAAGUCGGUCCCCGCGAUGGGCUCCAGAAUGAGCCCACCAUCCUGCCAGCCGCCACCAAAAUCGAGCUGAUCAACGCCCUUUCGGAGACGGGCCUGCGCUCCAUCGAGGUCACAAGUUUCGUCAGUGCCAAAUGGGUUCCCCAGAUGGGCGAUAAUACGGAAGUGUUCAAGGGAAUCAACAAAAUGCCGGGCAUAAGCUAUCCGGUGCUAACUCCCAACUUGAAGGGAUUCGAAGCAGCGCUGGCGGCGGGUGCCGAGGAAGUGGCUGUCUUUGGUGCGGCUUCCGAAAGUUUCACCAAGAAGAAUGUAAACUGCUCGAUUGCGGAAAGCUUGAGUCGCUUCCAGGAUGUUAUGGACGCUGCCAAAAAGGCUCAGGUCAAAGUGCGGGGAUACGUGUCAACUGUUGUCGGCUGCCCAUACGAGGGAAAAAUAAAACCAUCCGCAGUGGUUAACGUCGUGGACAAGCUGCUGGAAAUGGGCUGCUAUGAGAUCUCACUUGGCGAUACCAUCGGUGUGGGAACACCGGGCUCAUUCUCGGAAAUGCUUCGAGAAGUGACAAAAAUCGCGCCGGUCAGCAUGCUGGCCGUCCACUGUCACGAUACCUACGGCCAAGCGCUUCCGAACAUUCUCACCUCGCUGGACUUUGGUGUAUCCGUUGUGGACGCGUCCGUUUCCGGCCUCGGAGGUUGUCCAUACGCCAGAGGUGCAUCGGGAAAUGCUGCCACCGAGGAUGUGGUGUACAUGUUGCAUGGCUUGGGAAUUGAGACCGGAAUCGAUUUGCCACAGCUGGUGAACGUUGGCAAGUUUAUCUGCGAUAAACUAGGACGGCAAUCCGAGUCGAAGGUGAAUCGGGCCAUGAGGAAGACAAAUCCAAAGGCUGCAUGCUAGGAAUUAACUGAUGUUGCAAUACACUGACUAUCGCAUUAGAAACAUACUAAGCCAAUAACGGGUAUCGGAAUUUAUGCAUUUACUGUAUUUAGGAAACAACGUGUGCCAGAUCUAUUUUAUAUAACGACAUAUUUGAGACAUAAUAAAAUAAAGAGAAUAAAACCUA